AAAAAAAAAAUCAGAACAAAACCCGGAAUUGGGAGCAACGAAAGCACCGCAUCUCUGGACAUUGAACUAUUGGCGAGAAAGAGGCUGAGAGAGAGAUGGGCGUGGGAGAGACCACAAAACUCGAACCUGAACCCGAACCCGAACCGAAAGAUGUUCACCGCCACCAAGAAGAGGAAGAAGAAGACGACGACGACGUGGAAGAAGAAGACGAAGGCUUGUCCGACACAAGAACAGCGAUAGCAUUGGGUCUGUCAGCGAAGGGGAAAGGGCAGAGGCAGAGGCAGCAGCAGCAGGAGUGCGCGGUGGUCCAGCAGGUGUCGGACAAGCUGGUGAGCGGCAGCCUUCAGUGGAAGAUAGAAGCAGCCAGAGAGAUCCGUAAGCUCGUCAGGAAAUCGCCUUCGUCCUCUAAGACGAGGUCCAGGCUGGGCGCGGCUGGAGUGGUCCAGCCUCUCGUCUUCAUGCUGUCGUCAUCCAACCCCGAUGCCCGUUACUCCUCCCUCCUCGCUCUCCUCAACCUCGCCGUCCGCAACGAACGAAACAAGGUCAAAAUAGUGACAGCUGGUGCUAUCCCUCCUCUGGUGGAACUCCUCAAAACGCAAAAUAGUAGUAUAAGGGAAUUAGCGACAGCGGCAAUCUUGUCACUCUCAGCUGCAGCUCCCAAUAAGCCCAUAAUUGUUGCUUCUGGAGCUGCGCCUCUGCUUGUUAAGAUCCUCAACUCUGGAAGUGUUCAAGGCAGAGUUGAUGCCGUUACAGCCCUCUAUAAUCUCUCCACCAUCAUCAAGAAGAAUUCUACUGAACUCCUUAAUGCUAGUGCUGUUUCUCCUCUCAUCAACCUCCUUAAAGAGUGCAAGAAAUACUCCAAGUUUGCCGAGAAAGCUACUGCGCUACUCGAAAUUCUCUCCAACUUUGAAGAGGGACGAACCGCAAUCUCAGUUGCAGAUGGCGGGAUUUUAACCUUAGUAGAGACAGUUGAAGAUGGAUCACUAGUCAGCACACAACAUGCUGUUGGAGCUCUGCUGUCAUUGUGUCUAAGCUGCCGAGACAAAUACCGGGAACUUAUCCUCAAAGAAGGAGCAAUCCCAGGUUUGUUACGGCUUACAGUGGAGGGCACAUCAGAAGCACAAGAUAGAGCACGUGUGCUUCUGGAUUUGCUUAGAGAUUCUCCCCCGGAAAGAAGACUAGCCUCCUCGGUUUUGGAGAAAAUUGUUUAUGACAUCGCUGAACGCGUAGAUGGAGCAGACAAAGCUGCUGAAACAGCUAAAAGGUUAUUACAAGACAUGGUUCAGAGGAGUAUGGAACAAAGCUUGAACUGCAUUCAGCAUAGAGCAGCAUCUUGUAAUCCUUCUGUGAUUCCUUCCACUUGAUGCAUACUCUUUUUUCCUUACAACUCAACAAGCAACUAAGAAAUGAGUUUUAAUCUGUAUAUAUCUAGUUUUAAUCUUGCUCUGCAUAGCUAGUCCAGUGAUGUUUACAAAGGCUAACUUGGGUUUAAUCUAUUGACCUCAUCACUCAUAAUUUGGUUGUACACCUUGACCUCCAUAAUGGAAAUGUGCACAUCUUCAAGCAGUUUGUUCUUUUA